GGAUCUAUCAUAUGAUUGAUUGUUGGGAGCUAGCGUUAUUUUAACAAAAAUCUCGUCACUAAUAUUGUUACUAAACUUUCUAAUAUAUGUUUUGAACGAUAAAACAAGCACACGAAGAGUUCAUAAUUAAAUGCCCGGAAGUACAAUUUUAGUUUUAAUUUAUUGCUAUUUAUGAAUUUAAAAGCCCAUAUACACUACUUUCUUUGCAUAGAAAAAAAUUAGGCAUUGCUUGAUUUUCUUCAGAAUCAAUGUCUUCGAGUGAAAAUAGUAAAGAUUGUUUAGCUUGCCGCUUAGUUAGUGGCUUUGGGCUUAUUGCAAUAGGGGCAUAUAUUUUAUCACAAUCAAAAAAUCGGGGAAAAAUUGAAAUGAACACGAUGCGUCUAAUUUCAGGGAGUGUAAUGUUCUUAGGAAUAGCACGGCUAUCGAAUGCGAGAUUUCUAAAAGCGGAUAAGUAGAUAAUAUAUAAAUUACCAACCGAUACAUC